AUGGCAGACCCCACCCAAUCGCAUGGUCGCGGAGCCCAGCAACUCCCUUCCCCGCCAAAUGUUCGCAGUCCGCUCUCGCCAGGCAGCGGUAGUAACGGAACCCCGAUCUCAUUCCAAACAAACGUGAAUCGCUCCAAAACAAAACGCUGGGUGGAAGCGAAGCAAUAUUCUUAUGAUGGAGGUGACUGGGGUAGUGAAGACGAUGAAGAGGAGGAGGAGGAGGCGCCUCCCGCAGUACCUCGGCCUCCCUAUGCCAACCACAACACUGGCAGUUCGUCCGAGUUGUCCUCGAGGCGUUUGUCUGGCAUCGGAUUCGGAGCUGGAGCCGGUGAGUCGCAUUUGGCUGAUGGCAAAGGUAGGAACCUUAGUGGAGGAGACCAAAAAGCCCUUCCUUUUGUAAGGCCGGCCGACCUUUAUAAACGCAUGCGCGAGGAGAAAGCGACUCAGCAGUCUCCUAUCACUGGUAGCAAUGAUCACAAGCCUGAUGGUUUUGGAGCUCCACCUCAAACAAACGAACAGAACCCUCCCUUGGGUCUACCGGAAGUCAAGCGCAUGUCUAGCUUUGGUACCGAUUUCUUAGGUGGUGCAGACUCCAACCUGCCAAAGGAUAGCUCUGCAUCCCAGGAGCCCGCUUUGCACCACAACCCCUCGCCGGGAUUCCAAUCGGUAGUGAAUCAGGCCUUCGACGUCCCAGAAACUCCACAAUCCACCACCACUAGUGUUGCGCGGUCGAACAGCGAUGGCACUUCGAUAAUCAGCCCUAUCAUGGGCGCUCGUACUAUGACUGAUGAAAGAACACCCACCAUUCUCGAGGAGCCUAAUGAGUCGAGCUCCCCGAAGGCAAGUGCGAAUGCGGUUCCAGCGUUUAACCCUGGCCAUCGCCGGGACCUGAGCCUUCCUAGUUCAGACAACAGUCCUUCGAGGAAACCUCAAGUCACAGACCAGGACACCCCAACGGCAGGCCAUGCAGAGUUAUCUUCCAUUCCUCCACUCCAGAAUUUCUCACCCGAAUCAUCUGAUGCGGGAAUCUCUCCUCAAAAGCCACCGAUGCAAUCAUACUCGAACAAUGGGCAGGAUAUGCCUGCCCCUCUCAAAUUCGGAAGCGCAUCGGGCCCUGACAACUUCCAUGGUGAAAUCCCCACCAUCAUGGGAGCCGAAGAAUCACCACAGAACACCGACAAUGAUCGCUUGAGGGAGGAGAUUAUCCGAUCAUUAAGUCGGGAAGCCACCCCCUCGGACGACCCGGAGCCCAGCAACCAACCUCAGUCGCAGGCACCCGUUGAGUCCAUCCCGCACCAGGCUAUUGUUUCUGAAAGCCACCCAGACUGGUCUAUCCCACCUCCUUUGGCAUCUCAAGACCCUUAUGCGACUAGUCAAGGCGCGGCUGUUAACUCUUCAUCCACGAUCGUUGAUCAGCCAAAGAAACCCAAGUUAGAAAGACGGUUCUCAUGGGAAUCCUCCGAUUCGUCAGAACCAGAGCCGCCUCUAAUGCCCGGCAGCUAUUCAUCGCCCCCUCAUUUAGCUGCAUCGUUAUCUAUGCAAGAGCCUGAGCCUAUACAGGAGCUCGCCCCAUUGGCGUCGGACGUGUCGCACGACCCGCUUGCUUCUGAUGAUGAAGUGUCUGGGACCCAACGCGUGGAAAAGCCUCGACUUUCGAUCGUUCCACCUAUUCCGGAGAACAUUACACCACCGGAGCAAGUUAUGGGACCAGGGGCUACGCCACCUCCGCAACCCCAAGUCUCUUCUAACGCCGGCGCCUCAUCCCUCAUUGAGUCCCAACUUUUGGGCUUCCGUGACAUUCUCGGUAUCACAUCUAUCAACCAGCGCAUCAAGUCUUUCGAACACACCCGCGACCAGUUCGCCACCAUUGACACUGGUUUAAAUCAUUGGCUACAGUUCACAGUUCAUGAUCACCCGGAGCAUGCCGAUGUGGUCCAACAGAGCCAGAAUCUCUCCCCUACUGUGCCACCAUCAGAUCCUUCCCGCAGCAGAUUCCCCAAGUUGGGUGCUCUCUCGAAUCUCGGUUCCUUGAAUGACGGUACUCCGACUAGCGCCACUCAUAUCAGACGCCCGUCGGGCCAUAUAGGUACCGUGAUGAACAAGGAGAAAGUCGGGGAGAAAGGAAAGGAGCUCCUCCACACUGCGGGAGCGAUUAGUGGCAAGGCAACUGGGGCAGCCAAGGGGCUGUUUGCCAAGGGCAGAAGCAGGUUCCGACCCAGUGGAGGUUCUGAGAAGGUUCAGUCAACUUCAAGUGCUUCUCGCCGCAGCUUUCAGUUCUCCUUCCCUUCGGGGUCGGGUGAAGCGUCUGGUAACUCUUCUCUACGGAACUCUGUCACUUUUGGCAGUCUGCCCAUCUUCAAAUCCGAGCGAACUGGGCUCAACCCUGAUCCUGAUCCACCGGUCAGUUUCUGUCUAGAUGGUCCACACGAUGAACAUAAUGCCGGCAAACGUGAUAAGCCGACCAAAUCGGGGAAUAACCGCCUGUCGCACAACCGUGUUGGCGAAACAACCGUGCAACCAAAACAACUGUCAUCUUCCAACGGUGUCCCUCCUAAACCUGAAGUUUCAGGAAAGUCUGCCUUUGCUGGAGAUUUAGAACAGGAGAUGAUAGCUGCGCUCGGUCUUUCGCCCACAGAUCCUCAUCCUCGAAGGGCGGCAAGUACCCCGAUGGCGUUGAAUGCCUUUAGCCAGGUAAAUGGCGGGAAACGGCAAUUUACAGAGCCACUGCCACAGCCGGGAGAAAGCACGACUGGCAACCAAUCCGAUGCUAAAGCGCCGGCGAACAAAGACCCAGUGGCAAAAAAGAGUUUGCCAGUCAUUCCUGAUGAGCCUUUUCACGUCCCUUUUCCGGUUAUGAACAGCCAGAGGCAUCAGCCAAGCAAGUCUACACCGGAGAUUGUCACUCCGUCAAUCCGCCCAGUGCUUGAUGAAAGUCCUAAGCCUCCUUCGCCUCCUCCCAAGGUUAAGGAUAAUGGGCUUGCACCUAGCCAGGAUCAUAGGCGCCAGCCUUCUGUCUCAACACUCGGAGCUGAUGAGCAACCUGGACGUACAUCUAAUGAGGAACUCGACAAGGUCCCCCCUUCUCCUCUGCAAGAGACAGAAAACGAGGUAGCACCAGAACCGCGGUAUAAAAGCAAGGUUGAGCAUUCUGUGCAUGACGCUCCUGGUGGCUCCCAGUCAUCUGCUCAAGAGAAGAGAAGGUCGUUCAUACCUUUCUAUUCGUCAGAGUUCACAAGCUCUGCUGAGGUCCUCGAAUCCAAAAGAAAAUCGAUCAGCGGCCUACCUCCAUCUGCUCCAGAUGUGCAUAGCCCCUUGAGAAACGAAGUCAGAUACUCGCCGGGAACCCGAAGCAGUAUGCUGAGCUUUGGUAGCUUUGGAAAGCAGAGCAACGGCAAAGGGACUCGCCCGUCCACACCUGCUAACGGUCUUUCGCAUCCUUCGGAAUCGGGGUCUCCUGCAGAGAAUGAGGAGUCUACUAUUGGGAAGCUCAAGGAAUUCGGGAGACGACGACGCGCUUCGGUAGGAGACCUCCUCUCUGGUAUUCAACUGCAAGCGCCUCAGGCGCCCCCGGGAGGCCAGCGGAGACGAGCAUUCAGCAGGAUUAGCGUACUAUUUGGCCGGCAGGACUCUCAAGAUCCCGAGAGAAAAUCGACCGACCACACAAGGUCUACAUCAGAGCAGUUGCAGAACAAUUUUCUGCCGACACGCUCAUCGACAAAUGGAAAUGCAAAUACUAGUUUCGCUGCACAGGAUGAACCACCGGUCCUCCGCAAUCCCUUUGAACAAAAGCCAUUGCCAACUCGACCCCCCGAGCCUAGAGCACCUCCACCUCCACCCCCGAGCGACGCAAAAUCUCUACCCCGCGAUGAUCGUCAACGUGCCAAUAUAUCAGUUCCAUCUAUAUCACUUCCAUCCAGUUCGUCAUCCAACUCCCUGACGACUGGUCGGUUUUACUCGCAGUUUCAGUCUGGAUCCAUGAAUGAAACCCACGGCUCUCGUCAUGCUAGCACACUCAGCCAGCCUCUCCCGGGUCAUUCCCGGUCACCGUCUCCCGUGUCAUCUCACGAGAAUAGAGUUGCACAUCCACUGUCACCGCUGGAGGAGUUACAAGACCACCAGAUAUACCAACUGCAGGCAGAAGAGCAGCACAAGCAAGAAACCCAGCAAGAUCAAAACCAGGACGCGCAGCUAGGCACCCUGAGCGAGGACCAGGCACAAGAGGAGCAUGAGGAACACAAAGAUCGUGUGCUUGGGGAACCCCUUCGACACGAACUAUAUGGGGAGAUACCCGAUGCUUCAACAAACAACCAGAACCACCUAGGCCAGCAACACGAAUUAGAAGGCAAUCUCAAACAACAAAGUCUAGCUCCUCAGCUCAGCAUUCGAUCCCGAAAGCCAGUGGUUUCAGACUCGACAUCCCCAGCCUCGGAGAACCAUACACCCCACAACAUCGCCGUCUCAAACGCCUCCGCGAUAUCCGCGCAUCCUCACCGCAGUGAGGACAAGGCCCGUGUAGCCAACGACCCGCCUCAGCCAGUAGAGCUUGCCAUCACCGCGGACGACUCCAGUGAGGAGAUCGUCAUGUCCCCCACGUCUUACCCAGGACAGGAGUGGAAGCCCAUGCAUUUGUAG